AUGAUUGUGCUAACAAAAUUUCGGUUACAACUAUUAGGGAUAUUUGGUGUCAUAAUAGUCAAUGAAAAUAAUAUAUUUGUUAAUAAGCAAAAUGGUCAUAUGUUACAGACAAAGUUGUCUACUGCUAAUGAGGGUGGUGUUGUAACAGGACAGGCUUUACCAGAUGUUGUACAUGCUGUAGCAAAGUAUGAAAUAAAUUGUGAACCAAGAGAAAUUUUCUUUUUUCGAAAAGGUACCAUAGUAAUGUGGAAUAUUUCUCAGCUUGAAAGUGAAAAUAUAUUAGAAUUUUUAAAAAAAUAUGAACAAAAUCGUUACUUGGAAUAUCUUGUGCAAUUGGAGAGUGAAUCUAUGUGUUAUAGUUAUGCAGACACUGGGAAAAAAAAUCAUAUAAAAAAUGGUACCAUUAUUUUAGCUUUAAAUGCAACUAAGUUAGAUAAGUAUACAUUUUCCAAUGCAAUGGCACAAUCAGUUAAGUUAGGUGUAUGGGAAGCAUCUUUAGAUGAUUAUAUAAAUUCUAUAGAAUUUGUUGCUGAAGAUUUAAAAACUGGUAGAAAACUUAGAAUGACUAAAUCUGAAGUAUUAAAAAAACAAGGAGAAUUAUUUGCAUUGCGACAUUCAAUUAAUUUAAGUUCAGAUUUAUUGGAUACUCCAGACUUUUAUUGGGAAAGGGAAGAUAUGGAACAUCUUUAUCAAGAAACUUGUUCAUAUUUUAAUAUUGCAAAACGUACAAGAGUCAUAAAUGAAAAAUUAAAUCAUUGUGUGGAGCUUGUGGGAAUUUUAUCUACACAUUUAAGUGAUCGCCACCAUAUUCGUUUAGAGUGGAUGAUUAUUAUUCUCAUUAUGGUUGAAGUUAUUUUUGAGAUACUACAUUACAUUGAUAAAUAUCUUUCAUAA